AUGAUAACGGCGACGGAACAACAAGCAAACAACGCUGCGCUCGUCGCCUGUAGUCCUCCCGCCGCCGAUAGCAUAGGCGGUGGCGUCGCUGUUACCACUACGACGACAGCUACGCACACACAGGAUGUACCCACGAGCGCGAACUCUCCGCGCAAUCACAUUCAAAUUCCCGCCGAAAGUUGCACUGCGAUACACACGGACCUCAAGACUGACGCACAACUUCACGAACUGGUUCGCAAGUCGUUUAUGUUUGAGAGCAUCGGUGUUCACAAUAAAUCAAGACAAAAUAAAAGCGAUUUAACUGCAAUAGAAUUAGUGAAUAAAUCCGCUAGACUCAUAGAAGGAAGAUGGGAAAUUGGUUUACCCUGGAAAGAUGAAAAUGUUAAAAUGGUGGAUUCCUAUCCCAACGCGUAUAGAAGAUUGAAAACAGCUGAAAGAAAAAUGAUGAGCGAUAAAGAUUAUAAUUUGAGAUACAAGGAAAGAAUAGAUCAUUUAUUUUCCAACAAUUAUGCUCGCGUUCUAGAGCCUAAUGAAGACUUAAGCAAUGUAAAAAAAAUAUGGUACUUACCUCACUUUGGAGUUGACAAUCCAAAUAAGAAAAAGCUAAGGCUUGUAUACGACGCUGCUGCAAAAUCUUGUGGUCAGUCACUGAAUGACUAUUUGCUGCCUGGACCGAACUUGUUGGAGUCACUUCUCGGUAUUAUGUUGCGUUUUCGAGAGAAGCCUAUCGGUCUCACGGGCGAUAUAAAGGAUAUGUUUCUUCGCAUAAAAGUACGCCCAGAAGAUCAACACGCCUUAAGAUUUUUGUGGCGCGACAACCCAGAUGAAGACAUAAAAAAGUACGUUAUGACAUCACUUAUAUUUGGGGCUAACUGUUCACCGUUCAUCGCUCAACACGUGAAGAAUUUAAACGCUCAGCGGUACUCAAACGCAAUGCCGGAGGCAGUUCAAGCGAUAGUAAAAAAUCAUUUUAUGGAUGAUUACAUUGACUGCUUUGAUGAUGCCGAUACAGCAAUAAAAACUAUGAAACAAGUAUCGUAUAUUCACCAGCAAGGAGGGUUUGAAAUAAGAAAUUGGACGUCGAACAAAAUGUCCGUGUGUCACGACAUGCCUACUGAUACUUUGAGUCCGGCCAUUGUUAACUUUAAAGGCGAAGUGAACGACGUGUACGAGCGUACUCUCGGGUUAUUGUGGUACCCAAAUACUGAUACCUUUGGCUUCAACUUAUCACUAGAAAGGAUACCUAAAGAAAUAUUAUCAGGCGAGAAGAUACCUACGAAACGAGAAUUAUUACGAAUAGUUAUGUCUAUAUUUGAUAUCUAUGGCCUUCUAGCGCCUUUUACUGUGAAUGCUAAAAUAAUAAUGCAAACUUCAUGGAAGACAAAUCUCCAAUGGGAUGAAGAAAUAAAAAGUACAGAAUUCGAGAUAUUUAAUAAAUGGAUUGUUCAAUUACAAAGAUUGAAAGAAAUUAGAAUACCAAGAUGGUACUUCCGUAUUUCUACUGAUAAAGAUAACACAAACGAAAACGAUUCGUAUUGCAAGAUAAAUAAGGUGUGUGCGAGUGAGACGUUACAAUUACACGUAUUUUGUGACGCUUCGCCGACAGCGUAUGCCGCGGUUGCAUAUUGGCGCGUGCAUAGCAACAACAAUGUGUGCGUGUCAUUUAUAGCCAGUAAAAGCAGAGUUGCACCGCUAAAACCAGUAACCAUCCCGAGGCUGGAGUUACAGGCUGCUGUACUUGGAUGCCGUCUCGCUGAUACAAUACAAAAGGAACAUAGACUUCGACCAAUAAAAGAUACUUAUGGACAGACUCGACGACCACUUGGUGAAUUGGAUGAAUUAAGCAGUACGCACGAGUGGCACUAUAUACCUACAGAGAAAAAUAUAGCAGACGUAGCAACAAAGAUAAAUAAAUACGAGUUGCGCCCGGAAUGCGAGUGGUUCCGCGGCCCGAAGUUCCUGUACGAGAGUGAUUGGUUUCAACAGCGUUCAUCAGCACCUGAAACAGAAAAAAUACAGAAUGAAGAAAUAUGUGACGUCAUGCAUGUUUGUCAAACAGAAAGUACCAUACCUGUUGCUAAUCCUGAAAAUGCAUCAUCGUGGCUCCGUUUAAAAAGGUCGACUGCAACCAUGUUAUUGUUUAUUGAAAAAUGUAAGAAAAAUAUCACAAAGGCGAUUGACACGGAAAUUAUGAAACGUGCAGAGAUAUUGUUAUUACGCUAUAGUCAAAUGGAAGCGUUUGCUUCGGAAAUUCUAUUACUGAAAAAUAAAAAACCUAUUCAAGUUAACAGCAGACUGCGUAUGUUAACUCCGUUCAUCGAUAGAGAAGGUCUACUGCGAGCAGGAGGGCGAGUCGAAGCUGCCUCGCACAUAUCACCUGAAAUGAAAAACCCAAUAAUAUUAGACGGAAGAAACGUGAUUGCUAGACUUAUAACUAAAGAAUUACAUAUAAGAAGUGCACACGGAAAUAACGAAACAGUGGUCAAUGAACUCAGACAAAAAUAUUGGAUAUUGAACCUACGACCCACGGUACGUACUGUCGCUUCCCGCUGUUUAGUGUGUCGUAUAAGAAAGGCUAAGCCUUGCGCGCCGCGCAUGGCCGACUUACCUGACAGUAGAUUGGCGCAUCAUAAUAGGCCGUUUACUCAUUGCGGCGUUGAUUUAUUUGGGCCAAUUGAAGUUACGGUGGGGCGUCGCAGAGAGCAGCGGUACGGAGUGUUAUUUACCUGCAUGACUGUGCGCGCAGUACAUAUUGAAACAGUCCCAUCACUGACAGCUGACUCAUUUAUAAUGGCGCUAAGAAGGAUGGCGUCCCGACGUGGUUGGCCGCAAUAUAUGUACUCCGAUAAUGGUACGAAUCUGCGUGGAGCAGAAGUUGAACUCAGAAAUUCGUUCCUGGAAUCUGAGAGCAAGGUCAACGAUCAAUUAGCAAAUAUUGGCAUAAUAUGGAACUUUAACUCACCUGUCAGUCCGCAUAAAGGUGGAGCCUGGGAGCGCCUCAUCAGAAGUGUGAAAACCGCCCUGAAAAAACUUUAA